AUGUCUCACGAAGAAAGCCUUAAUGGUGGCAGAACUAAGCGUGCUAAUGCGGGCUCUCGUUUGAGACAUUUGAUUGAGCUUGAGGAGCAGGCGGCACAAGAACUGAGACAGCUUUCUCAGUUCAUCUCUGAAGAGGAUGAGAACGUGAAUUUGAUAUUUCAAGAAGACGAGAACGAUGAAGAAUUUCAAGAGUCCGAAGAAUAUUCAGACGAAGUAGAGGAAGUAGAAGAUGGAAAUGGGGAAAAUGAAGAAGCGCCUUCAGGUGAGAACGAAGGCGUCGAGGAAGAGGAUGGCGAAGAUACUGAAAUGGCAGAAGUAGACUCAGAUGAUGUUCUUUCGCAAACGGAUCUGUCGUCAUCUGAAACAGAUGAAAGCGAAGGAGAGAAAGAACUUCAAAAACAAGAAAAGAUGGUAAAACGCCGAAGGACGAAAAUGCAAACUAUGGUUCCAGCGAUCAGAAAACAAGUUGAUACGACUACCUCGAAAUCCAAAAGGGUCAAAAAGACUCCUUCCACUUCUUCAUCCUUGCUCUUUUCAGAAAGAAGGUCGUCUUCGAGGGCGGCUGUGGUAGAAAGUAAAGAAGCUCUUGUGAAGAGACUUAAGGAGAAUGAAAAAAGGAAGGCUAAUUCCACGCCCGUAGUUCGCAUUAAACAAAGGGAAUUGACGCAAGAAGAGAAACUAGCAGAAGCAAUUGCUACUGAAAAAGCGAAUGUGUUAUCUCUAAAUAAGUUCCAGGAGCAGGAGGUCGAGAAGAAAGAGAAACAAAGACAGUUGAUGUUGCUGAAAAGAAAAAAAUUGAAGAAUGUGAUUAGAUUACUCAGUGAGGAGACAUAUAUUUCACCAUUAGAUGAAGUUCUAGAUGCAAGAAGGGCUCAAGAAAUUUUACGAAAAGCUAAAAGAAAACCUGGCCGUAAGCGUAAAGUCCCUUUGGAGCCAGUGUUUCAACGAUUGCCUGGUGAAGUAGACACGGAACUUCCACUGGUAAAAGAGGAACUUGACCGAAAGCGAAGGGAGGACGAAGAGCUUCAAAAAAAUGCUCAAAAUGAGGAAAAUCAAAGCGAAAUAAUAGAUGGAAAUGGCCAGGGAAAUUCGAAAGAACAAAUAGAUGGAGAUAUUCAACACAACAACCUUGAAAACGGUGUUAGCCUAAACGAAGAAACGAAUGGGAAACUUCAACAGAAAAAUGUUGCAUUUAUUGCUAGCGAAGUAAAUUUGAAUCCAAACGGGAAUGAUGAAAACAAUGAAAACGAUGAGAAAAUCUCGAUCCACCACAAAGAAUCGAGGGCACCAACAGAUGAUGCCAUAUCCCGAAAUGAUUCUGCUGUUGAUCUGAAUCUUGACGAAGAAUCGUCCCAAUGUAAUAAAUAUAAUGACAAUAAUGAGCAACAGCAUGCAAAACAUGGCGAUAAAAUUUUAAGUCCUAACAAUGAAGGGACAAUUGACGAUAAUCUCAAUGUAGCUAUGAAUGAGACAAUUAAAAGCGAUGAAAAUAAUGAAAAUUCCCUGAAUGGGGGAACUACAAAUUAUGAUGAAAUUGUUAUAAAUACGGCUGAAACAAACCAAACCGAAUCCAUCAAAUCUGAACUACCGAAAGAAAAGAAGGUCACCUUCGCUGAUGAGCUUGAAAACGCUUCUCCUAAGAUUGAAUCGGAUGAUGAAAUGACUCCUGAUCCCUCAAUCGCUUUGAAGGAGAAAAAUGAAGUUUUCGAAGGGCCAUCCCAGCGGGUUGGUAAGAACAGUAUAUUUUUGAUUGAUUUUGAAGAAGAGGAAAAGACGCUUAAGCUAACAGAAUCUAAUAUUAAAUCUAUACUACUUGGUCCCCAGUCAUUAUUGCCGGCCUCGAGAAGAUUCAAAGAUUUAGAGUCUAUUCUAAGAAUUGGUAAAGUAGAUAAUCCUUACGUAGCAGUAAGAGAAGAAAGAGACGAGAUUUUGGAGCCAGCUUCAAGCUUGACAGAGAAUGACCCUAUUUUUGAUGAGCUUAAUAAAUUGCCAAGACUAGGUGUUGCCCAAGCGAUCGUUGAAGAAGUUGAGGAGGAUGAUAAAGAAGAAGACUUUUCAAUCAAUUUGAAAACUGAAGCGCCAACGGGAUUAUAUCUACCAAAUGGCAACAAAAAAAAUUGCCUUAUAUCAGGCACAGAGGUCAAAUAUUUCGAUCCUUCUAAUGGUAUUCCCUACAACAGUGUCGAAACAUACCGAUUUUUGAAAACAAUUGAGCAAGGCGCUGUUCCAUGGUAUAGUCUAGGAAAUGAACUCAAUGAUAACGGACCCGUGGAUAUUUACUUAGGCUCGAGGGUUGGGGCUUAUAAGCAUGCCAAAGAUGUUCCGGAGGGCUUUGAUGGUAAUUGA